UGAAUAUACAUAGCAAGGGGUGUUUCACUCUCAAAAAACUUUUAGAGUUCUGAGCAUCAGAAAAUAGAGGGGAUUUAAACCAACUGGCUGAUGUGAUUUUAACUAAAAGAGCUUUGAUAUGUAACUGCAUUUUGUUAAACUAAGAUCCUUGAGUAGGAAUGUGUUAGAAACAUUACAUGGGAACACCUCCCCUUGAAGGUUCUUCAGGGUGGGGACUGUCUCUUACUGUGUAGAUAUACAGCACCUGGUAUAUUGGGUCCAAUCUCUUUCGGGGCUGCCUGUUGUUACUGUCAUACUGACAUGAUCUCAUCUGAAUGAACAGUGAGAUCACUUUUCUAUCUCUGUAUUCUGCACCUCUGGAUUCUUCAGCACACCAACUCACAUUGCUUCUUUCUCUCCUCCCCUCAUCUCCAGCUAUUCCAUCCUUGCUGUUGAGCACCCUGCUGUGCUUGAAAUACAUCAUGCUGCAUGCAGCUCCCCUGUCAGAGUUCUCAGGGGACCAGGGAUUCCAGCUGUUUCUGCAGAAGAACUUGGAAUUCACUCGCAAGAUCAAAAUGGAUGUUGAGACCAUGCGGCAGCACAUGUGCGAUAACUUUCAACUCUGCAAGGAGGAGGAGCUCAUGCUUGUCAAGCAGAACCUCAACAUCUUCCAGCCAUCACUGAAUCAGUGUCUGAGCAAGCCCUUCCAAGUGGAUGUCUGCUUCAGCCAAAUACGGGAGGGACUCCAGACCUACCACGGCUACCUCUCCACCAUUGCCCAGCUCCUGCCUGGUCACUCCACUCAAGUGGAAGGCCUUCAACUGGAUACCUCCAAUCUCUCCACCAAUAUCCAACAGCAGGUAGAGGCUCUCGGACUGAACAUGGGAAUGGUGACAUACCCCAAGGAGGAAGGCCAAGGCACCCUCCUCACCUUCUCAUCCCAGUUCUACCAGCAAGCCGGAGGAUACAUCGUCCUUGCCAACUUCCAGCUCUUCCUGGACCUUGCCUACCGGGUGCUGCGUCACCUCAUCAUGCCAUAACGAGGCACAAGGCACUCCACCCAUGGGGAGACACUGCUCUCAUUGGCAUCACAGCACCUUCCCCAAGGAGUAGCUGCAGAUUCUGAAAUCUAAAGGGCACAUUUACAAAUAGAAGGUUCCUAAUACAGGAGCUAGGCGGACUGGGGAAGCAUUUAGGGCACUCUAUUCUCAGGAAGAUUCUCUAGUCCUUCAACAUCAAAACCUUCUUUCCACCUCAAACUGUCACAGUGACAACUUAGCCUCUUCCUUGUUUACUGGCUGGAUGGUCUUGCCACCCUUGUUUGAACAAGGACAAAACCCAGUGCCUGCCUCUAUGCUCCUACCCUGGUUACUAUUUCUGAGGCAUGUAUGGUCCUACUUUACCCUUAUUUAUUUCUCAUUCCCGAGCCAUACUGGUGCCUCCUGGCACACAGUCCCAAGACUAACCCCCAUUGGAUCCAGCUACCCAGCAUAUUUAAUAUUUAUCAUUAUUUAAUAUUUAUGCAGCUUUUAGAACUCAGAGGUGAUGCAUUUAAAUCUGGGGGCUAUUUUUAAGGUUAAAAAAAAUCAUUCUGAGUCUUGGGUGUUGGCAUCAAACAUGUUGCAGCAUCAGGAAGCCUAGAUACAAGGCAAACAGCUGCACUUGGGCUGCGAUUCCUGCAUAUUUUUAUAUGUGCACAGUGUAGGUACUGUUUAAUAUUUAAACAAGUGAGUAUCCCCAUAAUGAGGUUGUUGCUGUUUGGGAGCUGGACUGAGCACGGAACUGGGAGUCAGGGGCUCCUGGACUUUAGGGCCAGCUAGACACAGGCUCCUUGUAGGCCACAAAUUGUACUGCAGUUUCCCCAUCUGUAAAAUGGGGGUGCUACUGUUUACCUGCUUCGCCGAUGUGUUGCGAGGCUUACAUGGUUAAUGUUUGAAAAAGGGGCGAUAUGAAGAGUGAGAAGGUAGGAUGGGAAAGGGACUGGGGUGGAGGGGGGGUGGGCUCUUUAGUGAGAUCUCAGCCCCAGGGAAGGGCAGGCUCUGCACUCUGCAGACUCUCACUGACCUCCCCAAAUCUGAGAUCUACCCACCCCCACUGCAAGCUCAACCACUUUCCUCCUUGUUACUGCUUCUGUCCUUGCCACAACACAAACCAACAUUUUAGCACAAUGCUGUAAAAGAAGUUGGAAUGAGCACAGAAUGGAGCUGCGGGGUUUGGGGUUUACUUCCCAACUCUGCCAUGGAUGAGCUGCAUGCACUUCAGCAUGUCACAGGAACAUGGGAGUGGAAGAGAAUCAUCCAGGUGACUGAGUUCAGAUCCCUCUUUGUGCCUUACUUUAAUAUGGAGAGAAUUUCCUUCCUCAGUGGCUGAAGACACUUUAAAGGAUAUUUCCCUUUGUUGGUUGUGGUUGGAGCAGGGACAGGAUCAGUCAAUGCUGUUUUUAUUAUGAGUACAUUUACACAAGCUGCAAUUAUUAGUUAAAAGGCUUGCCAAGAGAUGAGAUGGUAACAGGCACCAUAAUUGUGGUGCAUAUGUAAUUUCACCUUCAUUAAAACUAGGCAGCCUUUUUGUAACUUAUUCAGUUUUUCUUUUUUUUUUUUACAAGUGUACAAUCCAAUAUUCUUUAUAACUCUCACAAACUAUUUAUUGUUUCCUUCCACUAUAAACUAAUUAUUUUAUUUAUUAUAAUUUAUUUACAUGAGUCUUUAUUCCUGUUGCAUACCACCAUCCCUUUCCGUUGGGUUAAUCCAGAAUUCCACUAGAUUGGAACGACUCCUAAACUCUAUUCACAUCCAAACUGGAGUCAUUCAGAUUGGAUUGUGCUGGAGAGGUUUAUGUUCCUCGAAUGUUUUCAAUGUGUCACUGCCUCACAGGGCACAAGCAUGUGGAUACACAUGGGACUAUACUGGAUUGUACUACUCUCCAAACCAUCAGUGCACCCAGAUGAAGAAGGAACACCCCGAAUGUUUGCAGUUUUGUUUAAAAGCAUAGUUUUCAUUGACCAAUUUAAAAAAAAAAAAUCAGAAUUUUAAACUUAGCCAAAUGACAGGUGGAAUGUAUUAUUUUGUAACUGUCUGUUUAUAUAAUAUAUAUUUUACAUUUUUCUAUUUAUUGUUAU